AUGAGUCCUGAACUACAGAAAAAAAUUACAAAAGCAGAGAAGCUUAGAACAAAAGCAGCAUUUCCUCUUUCACUUAUUACGGAGCCGGACUACGUAGAAGCCGGGGAUCUAUACUGUGAAAUAGCCAGGGAGUGCAGUGAUUUAGAGGAUAAAAUCAAGUUUUAUAAUGAGGCUGCCAUAACAUUUUUGAGAAAAAAGGCAGAGUACAAUGAAUAUAGAGCUUCCGAGUGUUAUAAGAAGUUGUUUGAACUACUUGUUAACCAAGAUGUUACAGCAGCUGUUGAGAACUACAUUAAAUAUUGUGAAUGCUUAGAAAGGAUUGAGAAAUACAUGCUUGCUGGACAAGGAUACACAAAGAUAGGUGAUAUUUUAGAAGAAAUAGAUGGAAAAAGGGCAAUUGAAAUGUAUAGAAAAGCACAGGAUGCAUAUUCAAAGGAUUAUAGUUGUCCUAUGCAUUAUAAAGAGGCAGUCCAAAAAUGUCUUACUAUACAGAUAAAAGGACAGGAUAUUGAAGGCGCAAUUGAGUCUUUAAAGAUGCUAGAUAUAGAAUUUAGCAAGUUAUGCAUACAAAUACUAACAUUGUUAUUGGGAAAGACGAAUUUCGAAGAAGACCUUAAGAAAGAUGAGAGUGAGUUGAUAAUGACACUACUAAACAAAGAUAGAGACACGAGCAUUGAGUCAUUACGACAGUUCAAAGAAAAAAACUUUAUCAAUCCUAUUAUUUCUAAAAUUUUUGAUUUUGCAAUUGAUAGACUCCAACCAGAAAAUGAUAUAUGCUAA